AUGAUGUUAUUCCAUCGAUUGUUUUUAUUCACUAUAAUUUGUGGCUUGCCUCAACAAUCUAUUGCUGACGAUGAAUUGAAAGUACCAUCAUUAGACAACGACUUCGAUACUAUCAAUCAGCAAUUAGUUGAAUCACAGGUGAAAAAUAAACCAAUUUGGGAUAAUUUAGAUAAUGAAUUUGAUGGUAUUGCUGAUUAUACAGCUAAAGGAGAUAAAUUUGCACAUGUUGCUGUCAAAAAUUUAGAGCUCAAAGGUUCACCUGAAAAUGAUGUCAAAAAUAAUGUCAAGGCAAUCAACGAUCAAUCAACAAAGAUCUCAAGAAAUAGGCAACAGGAUUCUACUUCAAAUGAUCUUAAAAAUAAUAACUUCAAAGCAACUAACCAUCAACCAAUCAAGCUGGAAGGAAAUAGACAUGCAGAUGCUAAUCAUUUAGAUAAUAAAUUAAACAUUAUUGACGAUCAAUCCAUCAAAUCAGAUUUAAAUAUAGACUCACCUUCACGUAAUCGUAAUCCACUAAACAAGCAAGCAGCUCUCAAUCAAUAUUUGCAUUCAAAUUAUUAUCAAACUUUUGUUAAACGCCUAAUAAAUGUUCUUAAAAAAAUAAAUACUACGAAUGAAGAGGUUACACUAUCAGUUUCCAUCAAAACAUCGGAAAUUCUAUCACUCGAAAUGCUAAUUGACGAUAUCAGUAACCUAGAUCGUGUUGAUGAAAUUAUGAAUAUUAUCGUCGACAGGACACAACCACAAUCAUUCUCAUUUGUUAAUGUAGACUCCGGUUUUAUGCUUGACUCUUACGUAAAGUCUGAAGUUGUAUUGCUGAUAGUUCUUGCAGCAAUAUUUUCAACUAUCCUCCUUCUUUGUCGUGGUAAUUAUAUAUCAUUAGUAGUUUACUUUAUUGUUUUUGGCCUCAUACUCAGUUGGCCUUGGGAAUGGCUACGAUUAUAUAAAGAAGCUAUAGGUAAAAGUUUACUGAAUUCACGCCUAGAGACUGAGUGCCGAAGAUAUCGCGAAGCAGAGCUAAAACGAUCCUUUGCAGGCACUAUCGGAAAGUAUAUGUAUGAAUUUUUAUUCGUUUCCAGUGAUCCCUGCGCCGAUAAUAUGAAAUACGUAAUGAAAGAUGCUCUUCUUGAUGUCACACCUAACAAGGCAUUGUGGUCUUGUAUAUGGGGAUCUACAUUUGAGUACUUUCGAAUCUUGAUUGAAUUGAUGGGUGAAUCAUUUUCGCCACUGCUAGGAAAAAUUCCACCUCUAUGGCAGCCAGUAAUAGCAAUAGUUUUCAUUUUUGUUAUUAUUGUAGUCUCACUACUUCCGAUUGCAUGCAUUGUAAUUGCUAUACGGAUGCUUACUAAUAUAAAAAGAAAUAGCCAUAUCGAGCUACCUGAUCCGAUUAAGAAGCAAUUGAACUCAAUGGAGGCAGAACUUGAAAAGCAAAAUAAGAAACUUCAAAUACAAUCACAAAUGUUAAUCAAAAUUGAUCGGAAAGCAUCUGAUACAAUAUUGACGGUAAAGAAUUCUCCAGUGCAAAAAAACGAUUAUAUCGACUUAAGUAAAUCACAAACUGAUUGGGAAGCAGAGCAAAAAUGCGGCACAUUUGAAAUAAUAAGGACUAUUUCUAGUGAUGAGUAA